CAAUGAAGAACAGCACUUUGUCCUCUGAUUUUAUCCUACUUGGACUUCUGGUGAACAGUAAGGCUACAGGAAUUGUCUUCACGGUUAUCCUUGCUAUUUUCACCGUGGCUGUAACUGCAAAUUUGGUCAUGAUAUUUUUAAUUCAAGUGGACUCACGCCUUCACACCCCAAUGUACUUUCUGCUGAGCCAGUUGUCCAUCAUGGACACACUUUUCAUUUGUACUACUGUCCCAAAGCUUCUGGUUGACAUGCUAUCCCAAGAGAAGACCAUUUCCUUUGUGGCCUGUGGCAUCCAGAUAUUUCUCUACUUAACCAUGAUUGGCUCAGAGUUUUUUCUUCUAGGCCUCAUGGCCUAUGACCGUUAUGUGGCUGUCUGUAACCCUCUUAGAUACCCAGUUCUGAUGAACCGCAAGGUAUGUCUCCUUCUGGCUGCUGGUGCCUGGUUUGGUGGCUCUCUUGAUGGAUUUCUGCUCACCCCCAUCACUAUGAAUGUUCCCUAUUGUGGUUCCCGUAAUAUCAACCAUUUCUUCUGUGAGAUCCCUGCAGUUCUCAGACUUGCCUGUGCAGACACAUCCUUGUAUGAAACUCUGAUGUACAUCUGUUGUGUACUCAUGCUCCUCAUCCCCAUUUCUAUCAUCUCCACCUCCUACUCCCUCAUCUUAUUAACUGUCCAUCGUAUGCGCUCUGUGGAAGGCCGGAAAAAAGCUUUUACCACUUGUUCAUCCCACUUGACUGUUGUGAGCAUUUUCUAUGGCGCUGCUUUCUACACAUAUGUGCUGCCCCAGUCAUUCCACACCCCUGAGAAGGACAAGGUAGUGUCUGCCUUCUAUACCAUUGUCACACCCAUGCUCAACCCGCUGAUCUACAGUCUGAGGAACAAGGAUGUCAUGGGUGCAUUUAAAAAGAUAUUUGCUCGAUGCUCAUCUGCUCAGAAAGUAGCAACAAAUGACACAUAGA